GAUUAUCUGGUCCUGUUUUAGGGGCACAAAUCUGAGGUAACAGUAGCGUUAACAUUGCUAAGUAAGUUUGGUAGAGCCAACUUUGGCGCCUUGGCUGCUUUCCACAACACUUCGUGGAUGAGACUGCUGACACUGCCUCUCAGUGCCCAGACGUGACCAUUUGCAGAACCACAGGGCUUAUCCAUCCUGAUAUGAUCACAGAACAACAUCAGAAAGCAAUUAUCAUGUGUUCUUCUAUCAUAAUAGUCUAAUCUCUCCUGUCGAUAAAUCACCACAAGAUUUGGUGUCAAGUGCUUCCGGACAUACAGAGAAGAUGACCACUUAAGCCCUCAGGGACUGCAAGGUAACAGUGGAAAAAAAAUAGCAAAAAGUGGCCAAAGUCAAAUACAAAACAAAGGAGGAGGAUGCCCCCUGAUAUCCAGGCCGUGGUGCGUGCUACCCAAGCCUGGCUGCAGUCCUCCUGGCACGUCCAGGUUCCCUUUGCCUGGUUGGAGGCCUGCGUGGAGUGGCUGCAGGAAGAGGCAGGAGGAACGGGUCGUCUGUCACAGCAGCAGAUCAACCAACAGGCGCUGGACCAGUGGCUGUUGACAGACCUGAGGGACCUGGAUUACCCUGUUCUCCCUGAGGGGCUCAGUCAGGCCCAGAAGACUGAACUCAGCGGCACCUUCUGUGUCCAGAUUGACUCAUUACUGGACAUCAGUCAGCCUGCGUAUACUCAGCUGCAGGCGUUGAGGGGUACAGACUGUCCAAAUGACGAAGAGUCUGCAGUCACGCAGGCCACCCAGAGGCCCUGGGAAACCAGACCAACCCGGAUGCUACUAUUGCAGGUGACAGAUGGAGUCCAGAGCUUGGAGGCCAUGGAGUAUCAGUCUAUCCCUGCACUCAGCACAGCUCUCAGGCCUGGUGUGAAGCUGCAGUUGCACGGGCAGAUGGUUUGCAGACUUGGGGUGCUUCUGCUGGGGCCGUCCAACAUCAAAGUCCUGGGUGGUGAGGUCGAGGACCUGGUUGACCGGAAUAACCAGGGCAGGGUCCUGUGUAGGACGCUGGGAGUUCCUGAGGAGCAGCAACAGCAGCAGCAGGAGGGCGAGGAGGCCCAACCAGUACAACAAGGCAACCAGGAAAUGGAGGAUCUAGAACUAGGUGACGCAGAGUUGUUGGCCAGUCUGGAAGCCCAGGAAGAGGUGGGAAGGGUUCAGGUUGGGCCUGUUCGAGACAGUGGCUAUGGGACUCUCAGCGAGACCUCCACUCAAUCCUCGAGAAGCUCCUUUGUCAGGAGCCUUGUGUCUACAGCCUCAUCCAGACGUGAAGCCUCUGUCCAUUCUCACAGAAGUGAUUUUACCCAGAGCAACAGAGGUGGUUCAGCCCAAGAUCGACACCACGGUAACGAACAAGAGGAUUCUGACCUCUUUGACCCCGUACCUUCUGAUCACUUGAUUCAGCCAGAGAUCCCAGAUCACAACAUGGCAGACGAUGACUUUCCUGAUGACGAUCUUCCUCUGGAUGAGUUGUGUGACAGUGUGAUUUUUCAAGAAAGUACAAAUGUUACUGACAGCAGUCACAGAAGCACGCCACAGGACAACAGCACGAUAACAGGAAAUCCUAAUCGAGCAACGAAACCCCAAACUUCGAACGGCUCUGGGUCACGGCUCGGUUCUAGCAACUCCAGAUCCCCCACGCAGAAAAGAGACUAUCAAGGCUGUACUAAAGGAGCUACGGGGCAGUUAUCUGCAGCAACCUCCGCACCCUUCUUUUCCCCGGCUGCUUUAGAGCCAUCACAUGAAUUAGAAUUUCUUACUAAUGAUGAGAGUAAUUUCAUGGAUGAAGACAUGGACUGCUUUCUCGCAGAGGUAGAAAUGAACACACUGCAAACUGAGAGGAUUGGAGGGCCAAAUCAGCUCUCUGUUCAACACGGAUGUAGAGACAGAGAGAGCUCUACCAACAAAGCAGAAACUUUAGGCUCAUGUCGUAGACUUGGCAGCGACUCAUCAAGAAGUGUAACACCUCAGGGGCAAAUCUACACCUCAAGCGCUGCAGAAUUUGAUAGACUAUCUGCUAAAAAAGAUCCACAGAGUGACAGCUCAGUCCCUGCUCUCACUCUGACCUCUCUACCUUUUACAUAUUUGUGCUUGCUGGAUGAGAUGAUGUCCAAACCACACCCCCACACCACAGAGAUCCAUGUCAAAGCUUUCAUUGUGACUCUUUUGGGGAAGCUGAGCAGCAACAGCGGCCUUUGGCGCGUCUGCGCUACAAUAUCCGAUGGAACUGAUUACCUGGACGUGGAGCUGUCCGAUGAGGUUCUUACAGGCCUGCUGGGCUUCUCGGUGGCGGAGAAGGGGGCUCUGAAGCGUGACCCGGCCCGCAGGGGUGAGCUGGACACUGGGAUGAGGAGAUGUCAGGAAGAGCUGGUGGACAUGUGCUGCGUUAUGACUAUCCUGGUCCAACCAGAGGGCAGAAAAGCUGUGGUGACCAAGGCAGAGCCCGUCAGUGAGAAAGUACUCCAGGAGCUGGAGCAGAGGGCGAAAGACAGGAGAAAAUAAACACAGAGGACUGGUUGAGGGGAUGUGGGUGAUAAUGAGAAAAUUACAGACAGUGGAGAAAUAUAUUACCCUUAAGCAGAGAUGAAAAAUUGCCAAUGAAACUGAGGCAAAUAUAACAUUGCUUAUCAGCAUUGCCUUAAACAUACAACGUCAUGUGAUGAAACUAAGGUGUUUUUCAGGAUUGGUGAUCAACCUGCCCCUCUGCUUCAGAUUUGGAGAGCAGAAUGUGUGAACUGGAUGUCUGAUGAUCAGCAAGCAAUGUGUUGCAAUGCAUCCAUCUGCUAUAUGUGAAUGUGACAUUCUGUCAUUUUUAUUAGAGGAUUUCAUUCAUCUAUUCUGCGUCACUCCCGACAAAGUAAACAGAUUAAAGAUGGAAAAAUGCAAUCUAUCCUUAAUUGUAUGUAACGUUUAAAACUCUGCGAAGAGAAGAGUGAAGCAUGUGGGAUGAGAGAAGGGAAUCGGGGUAAAGAAAUAGUUCAUAUUCUGAUUGUUGUAAUGAAUUGCCAGCCUUUGCAUUCAUUCAGUACAUCAAUUACUUCUGACUGAAAAAUGAUUGAAUAUCCAAGGGCAGCGUGGGUCUUUAAUAAACUCCCCCAGAGGAGAAUGAGAGGAAAGGAAGAUAAAGGAGAGACCUUGAGCUUCGAUUAUUUCUGUUCAUUAUAGAGCCUCAUCUGUGUUUUUGUCUUUGAUGAUUACAUAUACCACACAUUUGAUGUUUGUCUGUAUUUACUGUAUAUUGAAAAAAUUGAUCCUGAAGGUUUUAUAAUUUUCUUUCGCUCUCUUUGACUAAUAAAACAUGCUUGAAGUAAGA